AUGACCAACUGCUUGGAGCUGCUCGGCAGUCUGAGGUCUUUGGGUGUCAUGAAGGAUGACAUGCAGAGGGUGAUGGAGGCAGAAGAUCUGCUGUGGCGAGCCAUAAUGGGAUCAGCAAUUUUGAAUUUACAAAGCCGCGCGUGGGCGGCGGGCUGCAGUUACCGGAGGAGUUACCGAGGAGUUACUGGAGUGGUGGCGCUCGCGGGGCCGGGAUGGUACUCGUGCAACAAGCGGCAGGCUCGCGCGGCGCGGAUGCCGUGGCUCCUCGCGCGGGAUCCCAGCUGUGCCGGUGAGCGGGUGCUCUCUCUGCGGGGCGCGGGCCGGCCACGAGCCGCCGGAUUUACGGACCUGUCCCGAGAACAGCCUCUUCGCGCCUCCUCGCGCUUCUGCGUUUUCCCGUCGCGUGACCACACGGACCCCGGCGCCGGCAUGGGCGGGCGCUCCGGCCUGCCCGUCCGCGUGCUGUGGAUGCUCCACGCGUUCCUGGACCUCGCGGGCUCCCAGGAGAUUUACGCGCCGCACUCCAUCCGCGUGGAGGGCGACGUGACGCUGGGGGGGCUUUUCCCGGUCCACGCCAGGGGGGUCCCGGGGACGCCGUGCGGGGACAUCAAGAAGGAGAACGGCAUCCACCGCCUGGAGGCCAUGAUGUACGCGCUGGACCAGAUCAACGGCGACGACGAGCUGCUGCCCAACGUCACGCUGGGCGCGCGGAUCCUGGACACCUGCUCGCGGGACACGUACGCGCUGGAGCAGUCGCUGACGUUCGUGCAGGCGCUCAUCCAGAAGGACACGUCGGACGUGAGGUGCACCAACGGGGAACCUCCGGUGUUCGUGAAGCCCGAGAAGGUGGUGGGGGUCAUCGGGGCCUCGGCCAGCUCCGUGUCCAUCAUGGUGGCCAAUAUCCUGCGCCUGUUCCAGAUCCCUCAGAUCAGCUACGCCUCCACGGCGCCGGAGCUGAGCGACGACCGGCGGUACGACUUCUUCUCUCGGGUGGUCCCUCCGGACAGCUUCCAGGCUCAGGCCAUGGUGGACAUUGUCAAGACCAUGGGCUGGAACUACGUCUCAACGGUGGCGUCGGAAGGCAGUUACGGCGAGAAGGGCGUGGACGCCUUCAUGCAGCUCUCCAGAGAGGCAGGUGGAAUCUGUAUCGCUCAGUCCCUGAAGAUCCCUCACGACCACAAAUCCUCCGACUUUGAUAAAAUCAUCCGCCAGCUGCUGGACACUCGGUACGCCAGGGCGGUCAUCCUGUUCGCCUCCGAUGAAGACAUCAGAUGGAUUUUUAUUGGAUGCUCAGCACAUCAGGACCUCGCAGUCAUGCCGGCACCCUCCAUCCACUGAGAGGAAGUAAAAAUGUUUGGGAUAAUGAGCACGAC